AUGUCCGGAAUAUGGCCCUUUUUCAACAGCUCCUACUCCAAUGCCUCUAUCAACAGGAUCCUGGUGGAGAUUGAGAUGGACCAGCAACGGUUGCCGCUUGGUGUGUCCCCACAGGCAUCCACAACUCCAAAUUCCAGCCAAACGAUGACAGCAACGAGGUUACUUCAUUCGAUCCAGGAGAACGACGUUUUAUCACAGGAACAGCAUCAAAGCCAACCACAACCCUAUCAGCAACAGCAGCCCGCGGCGGUGGAGGCCGAUUCGCCGACGACUUCCCCAAACCCGGCAGUUUCGGAUCAGAAGCCAAAGCCGCUGAAUCAAUUGCUGCUCAACAAGCUUUUAGAUCAGGAGAACCUGGUGAUGGAAAUCAACAGCGCGAGGAACGCUAAGCUCAUACAGUACAUAUCCCAAGAUGACGUAAUCAGGGUGUUGAUCGAAUAUGUGCUUACCAGUUUGGAUAUUCCGCUAGGAAAUGCUUCUGUUGAUGUCAGUGAGAUGAUAUUUAAAGCUUCAGGAGAUGUGCCGCAGCAGCAGGAACCUGAGCAGGACUCUUCUCCGUUGCUGAUUGGAGAAGACGACCCACUUCUAAGAGCUAUCAAAAGAGCAGAAACAGCCAUAGACAUCUUGACUGUGACUACAACGAACUCGAUUAUGCAAGCUCUGCUGAAUCCCUCGGAUUUUUCACUUUUGUCGCAGCUUUGGAGAGGCAUACUCAACAGACCUGCCAGCAUCUUUGUCCGCAACGCAGAUAUCCCACCUCCAGGCGGAACAGAGGAAGACAACGAGAUGAACCGCGCUAUCGAAACACAUAAUCCAAAUACAUUCAACAAGUUCCUGAAGCUGGUCGACAACUUUUCGACCUUCAACAUCCAUGGAUUUAUGAACUUCAUCAGGCUCGAGCAGAGCCAGGAGCCGGAGCAGACACGAAGUCUUUCAGAGCAGUUUCUGUCGUUUGUGCCGUAUUUCCCACAGGCAUCUGACAUUCUGAUACGGAUGAUUUCACUGGACAGGCCGUUCUAUCCGACCGGUCUCAUUGACAUUUUGUUGGACCAAAACCUGAUUUACGAGACCUUGAAACUGGUGAGGGUGAACUAUCUGUCCCAUUCAAUCCAGGACAAUCUCUGUGUCUUUCUGAACGGUCUGGUGGGAAUAAGCAGCAACGUUGGCUUCUGGAACGAGACCAAUACUGCCAAUGAAAGUUUUGGUGGAAUGACAGAACAGGGCAUGAACAACGGGGACAUAUUUAACUCUCUGAACGGAGGGGAAUCACAGCCACACAAUCCCAACAUUGGUCCUAAUGAUUUGACGAGACAGCUGGUUGGCAGGGAGAGUGUUUUGGAAAUAAUGGAAAUUAUAGUUAAGCAUGGAGCCUAUGGGUUGGUGACGUGUGUCUCGGUGAUCAUUGAGGUGAUCAGGAAGAACAACUCGGACUAUGACGAUUUCGACUGGAUCACCUCCGUUCACAACGAGGAUGACGAUCUCGUGAAAGACGGUGAUAGAGACAUCAAAGUCCCUCCACCGAGUCCGAGAGACCCCAUUUACCUGGGAACCAUGCUCAAGAUCUUCAGUGCUUAUCUUCCCGAAAUCGUGGAUACAUAUCUUACAGAUAAGUACUAUCGCUUGAGAUCAGAAAGAUUGUUUUCGCAGACUGGCGAAUUCAACGAAGACCAUGGCGAGUCAGUGCUGGAUAAAACUCCAGUCUACAAUCGCCAGUUGAAAAGUUCUAUAGGAAAAGCCAUUGAGCCUCUGGGACACGAACGUUUCAAAGUUAUGGAAUUGAUAGCCGAACUGCUUCAUUGUUCCAACAUGGCGUUGAUGAACAGAUCUGCAAAGCUCGAUUAUCUGAUACUCAAGAGGGACCAAUGGCGCGAUGUGAAGCAGACGGAGAUGUUGGUUCGUGAUGCGCUUAAAGAUGACAUCGUGAAUACUUCUCCAGAUCCAAAUGGAGUGACUGUGUUUGAUUAUAACAAAAUAGCAGAGUCUAGACUUGCUGGUGAGCUUGAUGAGUUAUCGCUCGACAACGGACAGCCAACUUCGGUCUCCACCAUCAACGUUCUCAGCUCAGCUGCUUCAAAUUCGACCAAGAUCAACGACAUGCAGAGUCUGAGUUCUCUCGGUUUGACUCCCAAAGACUACAUUCCAACUCCUUUUGGAAUGUCUGUGGGCUGUUUCUUCAAGUACCAGCUUCUGCAGACCCGUGCUGUCAGAGAGAUUGUGCUGAAACUGCACAGAUUCCCGUGGAACAACUUCAUGCACAACGUUAUUUUCGACCUGAUCCAGCAGAUUUUCAACGGAAGGCUUUUGGACGACGAGACGCGAGGAGAUGCUAAAGAAGUUUUGUAUCAGGAUAACCUUGGUAUCAACAAGAUUCUCGUUUCGUCUUUCUUUGGGCAUCUGGGGGACUUUUCGGACGAGGCAAUCAUAGACGAUUCUUCUCUGGACCAAGUCCCUGGCUCGUUCAAUCUUCCAGCAUACAUCCUGUUCUGCUUGAAUACUUCAGAAUUACACGAGGAGAACACUGGCUUUAAGCUCGGGUACAUGGGCCAUCUGAUCCUGAUUGCAGAAGAAAUUGUGAAGUUCCAGAACAUCCUGGAAAGUAUCCACCUGAACCAAGAGGAGACGGAAGAAACAGCACACACAGUCUCCACAGCCAAGGCUAGCGAUUCCUUAGGUGCAGUAUAUCUGAGAACGUCCAAAUCCAUCUUUGAUGAGCUAUACGAAGAUCUAUUUGGCGAGAUCACCGAAUCUGGCGAAACUACACCUGCACCUCGGUUUUCCGAAUGGUCAGACUUUAUUAAUACCCAGUUGAUCCAGAUCAGAGAUAUGUACAACCAGGUAUUGGGCGGAAUCAACCCCGAGGAUUCAGCAUCGAGCAUAGGCGACCAAAACAUACAAUUAGAUAAAGAGCAUGGCGUCAUCCUAUUGGAUAACGGAGACAGCGAAGAGUUUGCGGUUGGAUUGAAUAACGAGGAGGCUAUAGAGGACGACUACGAUAUCCCUAUCGAGCCUCUUGGAGAUCAAGAUUCCGACUCUGACGAAAACGGGUCUUUUGACGAGGGCUCUUUGGAAGAGAUAGAUGCCCAGGGUAUUGACGAUUCUCCCUCGUUGACAUUCGAGGACGAGUCUCUGGGCGAAUCUUUGCGUCCAAUGUCCAGAUACAGCGAUGAUGACGACGAUGAUGACCUGAAUGAUGACGACGAUGACGAUGAUGGAAGUGAGGACAGUCAGUCCGGGCCUAGCCUGAUAAGCAGAGGCAGGAGCAGAGAGUGA